CCCCAGGUAAUCUGCGGGCUAGCCCCUCCUCGGUUAGUUCCUCACCCGCUCUCUAUAGAUUUGUGGGGAAGGGCCACUCCUGCACCCCGGUCGACCCAUUGCCAUCUUACGGAUUAUGCUCACAUCCAUAUCAGACUCCUUGUAGACCACAAUGACAAGCGCAUGCUCGUACUGUUUGACACGAUGUUACGGCUACAACUGCCGAGGCACAGCAACAAGGCCAGGGGUCUGCACCCCCUCACCUUGGACCUCGUUGCCCCUCUUGGCCUAUCUCGGAUCCGCGCCGCGCAUGCAUAUAAACACGAGGACCGCCGCUACUCCUGAUUGCGAUGAGCUUGCUACGCAAGUCGGCCUGGCACGGAUUGCUCCACUAUGUCUGCUCGUCAGGGGCUAUCGAACCUCGCGUCGCUGUCCGUCUCACAUGUCGCGCUGAAUCCUGUUGUUACCGGAGCUCUCCUCUGGGUUCUGACCAAAGGACCUGCAAGUGUGCGUGACCGUCUCAUCAACUCUGUCUCUGCACUGCGCAACCCGGACACACGCGCUCGUGUGACGAAACUACUUCGAUGGUUGCUCGCCCUAGGGGUGGUCAGGACUGUCAACACAAAGCUGAACCAACUCGCGCUCAAUGCUUAUAGGACGAACAGCGAGAAGAAGAGAUGGAAAUGGAACGAAGAAGUCGCCGUCGUGACCGGGGGGUGCAGCGGCAUUGGAAUGCUGACCGUGAAGCGACUACUCCUCAAAGGCGUCAAGGUUGCGAUUCUGGAUAUCCAGCAGCUGCCGCCGGCCCUGCAAGGCUACGCCGGCAUCAGUUUCUUCGCCUGCGAUAUCGCGGACCCUGGAGCUGUCGCCAGUACUGCCGAGAAAGUCAGAGCUACGAUGGGAUCACCUUCAAUUCUCGUGAAUAAUGCUGGCAUCACCCACCCUCAUACGAUCCUCAAGACCUCACCUGAGUAUUUGCGGAAGAUUUUCGACGUCAACUUGCUCAGUAACUGGUAUACUAUCCAAGCGUUCCUUCCGGAUAUGAUCAAGAAAAACAAAGGCCAUAUCGUAACAGUGGCCAGCAUGGCGUCAUACUGGAGCGUUGGGGGGAUGGUAGACUAUUGCGCGACCAAAGCUGCUGUGUUGUGCUUGCACGAAGGGCUUAUACAGGAGGUCAGACAGAAGCACGAGGCCCCGAACAUUCUUUUCACUUCAGUGCAUCCCAACUUCGUCCGGACUCCUUUGGCUGACCCAUAUGCCGCUAAACUGAAGGGAGUGGACUUGUUGGAACCUGCCGAAGUAGCAGACGCAAUAGCCGGGCAAGUAUUGGGGUGCGCAGGGGGACAGAUAUACCUACCUUCUAGUGCACACCGGGCUACUCUAGUUCGCGGAUGGCCUAACUGGCUGCAAGAGCUUCUCAGAACCAGGUUGGCUAGAACCAUGCUAUCCGGUACGGAUUGAAGGCUGCUUUGCUGCCUGUGGGAACGGCGUCUGGGUGUGACUAUGCACGUACUUGGUUAGGAUCAUUGAUCAUCGACGCGUAGUGUUGUAUUUUAGAAAGCACAGUGUCGUCUGCCGGGCGCAGAACAAGCUGUGUGGCAGACUGUAUAUCAAUGCUCAGGUGCACGGCAGCUGCAGUCAGCGCGCCCACAGC